GACGGGACGGGGUGCGCUGGUGAAGCGGAGAGAAGCUUGUGCCGCCUGGUUAGAAAUACUGUCGUAUACCUGUACGUUCCUGAAUUGGGAUGUUCUGCUUCUGAUGUGGAUGUACUAACUUAAGAGUACAUGGCCCAGAGGCUGAGGAUGGCCCCUGAUGCUGUUCAGAAGGCAGAUGAAGACAAAAUCAAGCACAACAAAGGCAUCGCUUUGGGAGCAUGGAGUGGAGAGAGGGAAUCAUGGUUAUGCUGAAGAUUUCAUCUUUCCUUGCUGUUUAUGCCUUGGUUGUGUGCCAGAUGGACAGCUUCCAGGCAGCCCCAGUCAGACCUGGCUUGGAGUCCAUAACGGAUCGAGUGACGCUCAGUGAUUACGAAGCUCGGAGAUUAUUAAAUGCACUGGUGAAAGAGUUCAUACAGAUGACAGCAGAAGAGCUGGAGCAAGCCUCCGAGGGGAACAGCAGUGUAACAGCACAGAAAAGGGCAUGCAACACUGCUACCUGUGUGACCCAUCGUCUGGCAGACUUCCUGAGCAGGUCAGGAGGAGUGGGCAAGAACAACUUUGUCCCAACCAACGUGGGCUCUAAGGCUUUUGGCAGGCGAAGAAGAAGUGUUCAGAUAUGAAAAGCUGAAUGAUAAUAUGCAUAUGGUUGAUGUGAGACUGAAGACUCAACUUUAAUUUCUAAUGAAUGGAACUCUUCUCCACAAAUCAAGACAGACAAAAAGAAGAUUAAUUUUGCAUCCUGAUAUUGAAAGCAUUUUGUUUAAGAAAAAAAAAUGAGAACUCUUCUAUCAUGUAUAGUACGAGGGGCUCCAGUUAUUCGAGUUAAAUUAUUGUAUAUUCUUUUUAUAUGCAACUCUAUUUCAAAUAAAAUGUGACAGCAUCUAUUAUUUAUUUAUCUUCUAGCAUAUAUGUGAUCCAUGCUAUUUAUCCUGGCACUGCUGCCAAAACUCGGGGAGUUAUACUGAACUGCUGCCUAGCAAGGUGUGUGUGUAUAACAUGGUGUGCUGUGCCUUGGUGUUAAAACACUUAACUAACCUGAUUGUACAGUAUGUUUAAA